CCCCGUCUUGUAACGUUAUUGCAAUGCAUUGCAAUGUAGUUGGGAGGUUACAUAGACUUUAUUAGCUCGAUUGUGUUCAUGUGUGUCAUACUGGGACUCUUUGGCGGCUAAGCGCAGCAGCCAGACCCACGACGUUCUUGUUUAACCAGCCAAAAGGGUAGCUAUGUUUAUGAUUUAGCUACGAGCGAUAAUGGCCCGGUUGAGCUCGGAUUUAGAGGACCAGUCGUUUGUCUUGCAUCGGUAUGUAACGUUAAUAACUCGCGGAGGAGCUUCCAAAAGUGAAACGACACAACGUUGACUAUCAACGUCAGUAGUAUUCAUAAAUUAAUUGCAGCACGUCACUAGCGAGUCAAGGCAACGCUAACACCAAACUUAGCUAGCAGUGUGGGGAACAGCAACUUAAUUGUAAGCUUAUGGCAGACAGUGCUAGCUGACGUCAGGAUAGUAAACAACAACGCCUUCCUAGAUAUUUUGUGAUCUUGGUGUCAGUUUGGAUGGCAAGUACCGGUAUUAUUGGAAAUUUGACUAACGUCUUGUAGGCUCUGAGUGUCGGUGAUGGAGGACAGUCAAUGUGGGGACUUGGACUACCUGAUCCAAGAUGAGGACACGCUGAUUGAGGGUGUCAGCAACCAAGUCUUACUUGUUGUUGUGCUCAGUAUCACCUUCCUCGCAGGCCUCCUCACUCUGCUCUGCAGACAAGAGGAGCAGAACAUUCAUCCUGAGAAUCAGGAGCACGUUCGAGCCGUCCGACAACAGCUCCAAACAGAGCAGGACGAAAAUACUCAGGCGGAGGCCAGGCAGCAGUAUUACACAGACAUGUCUUGUCCUGUGUGUUUACAGCAGGCUGUUCUGCCUGUGGAAACCAAUUGUGGACACCUUUUCUGUGGCUCCUGCAUUAUAGCCUACUGGAGGUAUGGCACCUGGCUGGGUGCUAUUAACUGCCCCAUCUGCAGACAAAUGGUAACGUUGCUCUUCCCACUAUUUCAUGAGCACACCACUCCUCAGAGGGUCCAGGAUGGCGAGGCCGAACCUCUGCUGAUAUUAAGAGACAUUAACGAUUACAACCGCAGGUUCUCAGGCCAGCCAAGAUCUUAUAUGGACAGGUUGCGAGAUGUGCCCACCCUGCUUCGUCAUGCCUUUAGGGAGAUGUUUUCUGUCGGUGGCCUCUUCUGGAUGUUCAGGAUUCGAAUUCUUCUCUGCCUGGUUGGUGCACUCACCUACCUGGCCUCGCCGCUCGACAUCCUCCCUGAGGCGCUUUUUGGUCUCCUGGGAUUCAUGGACGAUUUCUUUGUUAUCCUGCUUCUCUUUGUGUACAUCUCUAUCAUGUACAGAGAGGUGGUUACACAGAGACUGAAUGGCUAGGUGGUCACUCACUAAAAGAGGCCUCAGCUUGCUCACAUCAGGUGAACACAGCAUCUGAAAGGACAUCAAAGGACAGCAGAUCAAUAAUGCUGGUUCUCUCAGAGAAGUCUGCUUUGAAGCUUGGGAUGUUACUUCAUCACUAGAGAGAGGUUAGCAAAAGAUUGAGCUCUGAAUGUUGACUCUGUAUAUAGAAUUCAUCAUUAAUGGCUCAGAGGUUGAAUGAGAUCAACGCAAACAACAAUACAGCAUAAGGAUGGCUGUGUAGGGAUGUGAUGUUGCAAAUAAAUACAUUGUACCAGAUUCUGCGGUAAGCCAGGGAAAUCUCUGGUCCAUUCAGCUACUUGAUGGACAUCCCUGACUGAAUGACUAGCAUUACUACUAGCCAAUUCUAUGACAGCACUACCAAAAGCAGUCAUUUGUUUAAUGUGCAUAUCAUCAUAAUGGAGACAACUGUGUAAUAUAAUGUGAUCUUGAAUGUAUUGUACUGAUGGCAGUGUCUUGAUUAUAUGCAUUUAAAGUUGGCUGUCUGCAUCCAGAUUGUCGACUGUCAGACAUUUUUUCUCCAGCCUGUUUGGUCAAUUAAACUGAUGAUGCACUUAUGUAAGUAACCUGUGACUAUGCAUAUUCAUAAUGACUUGAAAAACACAGCUUUGCAUGCUUGUCAGAAAAUCUGUUGGAAUCUGAACCUUUCUGCAUGCAUCCUUGUGAACUGACGAUGCACUGAACAACCUGACCGUUGCAUUAUAAUUUCUGAAUUGGCAGAUUUUUACUCAAGAAAUAAAUAAAAAGUAAUCCCUUGAUCAUAAAAGAAGCCAAAGCAAAGGUAUCAAAUACUAAUUAUGGUCAUGUUGAAUGUAAACUCGCUCAAGUUAUGAAUGUUAACUUAUCAUCUCAGAGUUUACCAUGGCACUCUAAAGAUAAUUGUGAGUUUGGAUGUUUGUUUCCUGUACACAUCUUAGAGUCCUAAUCACUGAACAGCUCUGUGCACACCACAAAGUUUUUCAGAUUCUUCAAUUAAUUUUUGGAACAUCAGUGUAUGACUUUUUUAAAUCUGUAAAUAAAUUAAAAAGUUAAUCAGUA